UUUUUUUGUCGUUUGUGUGGAGCGCCUGUCAAAAUAUUGACGUAAUAUUUUUUGGUUUCUCAUAUUUUUCAUAAUUUUCUUCAAAAAAAAAAACUACAAAAUCAUAAAAAAUCAUGCAGUUAUUAAAUAUUUGAUAUUUCCUUCAUUAUUUUCAAAUAAAUAUUUUCAAAAAUAAUACAAUUGAAUACCAGCUAAACUAUAAUAUCCCAACAAGUUCAAAACUCAUCUAAAUCGAAAUCGAAUGACUACGAGGAGAGAAAAACAGCCAUGAAGAAGUUUCACAAUAAACCCAAGAAAAGUGCAAAGUGAAAUCCAAAUAUAAACAAACAUCACAACGCCGCAUAGAAAUUAAUUAGCAAUUCCUAAAAAGAAUAUCAAAAUAAAUCUUCGACAAAUCACGCUACAGUAGUUUAUUAAAAACCUUAGCCGACGGAAGGCAAAGCAACCCAAAAUUCUAAAAAACGACUUAGUUAUCGGAAAACAUGUGCGAUCCACACGAACAGGGUCAAAAAUGGAAAUGCGAAUACUGCACUUACGAGAAUUUCCCUUCAGCCAUAAAAUGUACUAUGUGUAAGGGUUUGAAACCUCUUCUUAAUGAGGACAUAUUUCGACUUAGCCCUCCUCAAUCGACAACAACGUCUAAUGUGGCCUCAUCUUUAGUUGAAGCAUCCAGUUUGAGUUUAUCUCAGAGUAAUUUAAAUGCGUGCGGACUUCCUUUACAGGAUUCAUCUAAAUCAAAAUGGUCCUGUCGAACAUGCACCUAUUUCAAUUGGCCACGAAGUCAGCGUUGUGUCCAAUGCUAUACAAAACGUUCGAAUUCCAACGAAGAUAUGUACUUCAAUAAUGAUGCUGGCAAAAGUAGUAGCAAUCGUCAACCACCACCAGCAUCUCCAUUGCGAAGUCCCAAAGCAAGUCCUUCUCCACCAAUAGUUGAAAGAGCACCAGCUCCUGCUCCUCCACCCACCAGUACCAGCAUUAAUGAUGAUUUGAAUUUUAUGAAUAACAUCUCCGGAUCGGAUCCUGAUCUAGUGGCCAGUAGCAAUAAUUUAGCUUCGAGCAAAAUCAGUCCAAUAGGUUCAAUAACGAAUUUAGCUAGUUCGAGAAAUUCGCUUACAAAUUCGCAAACAGCCGCUGGUGCGGUCGCUACUCGUGUCAGUCCUAUUGAAGCAAUAACGCCUUCACAUUUACCACAACAGCGUUGUCAUGUAGCAAAGUGGGCUUGCAAUGUAUGUACUUACGAAAAUUGGCCGAAGAGUCUCAAAUGUUCGAUGUGUGGACGAACAAAAGAUGCAUUGAUUUGUGGCAAUGAAGGUCUGUCGUCUAGUAACAAAAUUUUGUGCGACAAAGAUGAUGGUUUCGGUGCGUCUAAUAAUACGCUGUCAAAUAACACGUUUAACAACAAACACAGAUAUCAACUUGGUUCUUCAGAAACUAUAAAUAACUGUGAUACAAUGCAGGAGAGACAAGAGAGACGUCAACGUCAAAUUAGACGACAAGUUGAUUGGCAAUGGCUUAAUGCAUGCUUAGGUGUUGUUGAAAAUAACUACAGCGCUGUCGAAGCUUACUUAUCGUGCGGAGGUAAUCCAGCUCGUUCCUUAACUAGCAGUGAAAUUGCAGCUCUAAAUAGAAAUUCUGCUUUCGAUGUUGGCCACACACUUAUUCAUUUGGCAAUUCGUUUCCAUCGCGAGGAGAUGCUGCCAAUGUUAUUAGCCCAAAUAUCUGGUUCUGGACCUGGAAUUAAAAGAGUUCCUUCGUAUGUAGCUCCAGAUUUAGCAGCCGACAUACGUCGUCACUUUGCAAAUACUUUACGAAUGCGAAAAUCUCUCUUCAAUUGUCAUUACGUCCAGGAGCAUGCAACUUUUGCCUUACCAGUAGAAAUCGAAGAACUCCCCAUACCCAUACAAGAGCAGCUGUACGAUGAGCUCUUAGAUCGUGAUGCUCAAAAGCAGCUGGAAACUCCUCCACCUGCUCUGAAUUGGUGCUUAGAAAUAACAGCUCGUUUAGGUUCGCGGCUGUUUGUGCUCUGGAAUCGAAGUGCAGGCGAUUGUCUUUUGGACUCGGCCAUGCAAUCAACUUGGGGUGUUUUUGAUCGAGAUAACACUUUGAGACGGGCUUUGGCUGAUAGUCUCCAUCAGUGUGGGCCAGUAUUUUAUUCACGAUGGAGGGAAUACGAAAUGAUUCAAGCAGCAAUGAAUCAAUAUACUUUGGAGGAGGCACAAUGGGAAGAGGAUUGGAGCACCUUGUUGUCGCUUGCUAGUCAACCUGGCUCCUCUCUGGAGCAGUUGCACAUUUUUACUUUAGCACACAUUCUCCGUAGACCAAUUAUCGUAUACGGUGUAAAGUAUGUUAAAAGUUUCAGAGGUGAAGAUAUUGGAGUUGCUCGUUUUGAAGGUCUAUAUUUGCCGCUAUUUUGGGAUCAAAACUUUUGCAUUAAAUCGCCAAUUGCUUUGGGAUAUACUCGAGGACAUUUUAGUGCAUUGGUACCAAUGGAACCAUAUGCUAGAAUUGAUGCUCGUCGCGAUGAACCAGGCGAUGUUACAUUUUUACCAUUAAUGGAUUGUGAAUCGAAAUUAUUGCCCAUACAUUUCCUAACCCAAGCUGAGAUGGGCCGUGAAGAAACAAUUAUGAGACAAUGGUUAGAUGUGUGUGUCACUGAGGGAGGAUUGUUGGUGGCUCAACAAAAGCUAAGGAAACGACCCUUGUUAGUUGCACAAAUGCUGGAGGAAUGGCUAAAUCAUUACAGGAGGAUAGCCGAAAAUCCAAAUUCUCCAAACUACAUGUUUAUUUCGUAGACAGGUGAUUGCCGCUCCCUUUGGAAGACGUCCACAAAUCACAGGCUAUUCAAGUGAAGGAGACACAGAUGAAGAAUAAUAGUGAAUGCUUUAUUUGAAUGAAAACGAACACACAUCAAAUUGUAAACUUCAUUGAAUCUAUAAUAUUGAAGUUGUAAGGAAUUUUUCAAGCUCUCCGCCACACAGUUUAGGUAUAUUAUAAUAAAAUAUAUAUAAAUUUUAUUUUAUUUUUUUUUUUUGUGUCUUGUUAAGAAAAAAAUUUACUGAAUUCUCUACCAAAUUAAGUU